AUGUCAAUUCUCGGUCACGAAGAAAUUAAAGACUACAAAACAUUACUGAAGCAACUGUUCGCAGAAUUCUUGGGAACAUUUCUGUACAUGUCACUGUGCUUGCUGGCCGGUAAUGUUGAACCAGACUUCACAGCUGUAGCAUUGUCCAACGGUCUGCUCAUUGCAGCUGUUAUCCAAAUAAUUGGACCAAUAUCCGGUGGGCAUAUCAAUCCUGCGGUGACAGUGGGUGUUUUAACAUGUGGACAUAUUAAAUUGGUGAAAGCUCUUUUCUACAUCAUUGCCCAAACGCUUGGCAGCUUGCUCGGAUCAAUAGUGGCUUAUGCUGUAACAGACGAUAAUUCAAGACACAACCUUGGCGCGACUGUACCUCAUAUAGAUUUGAGAGCCGACCAAGUUUUCGGAUUGGAGUUCAUUAUGACAUUUAUAUUAGUUGCAGUUGUCCUAAGUGUGCUGGAUUCAAAACGAUCAAAUGUAGGACUCGGAUCAGCGCCAUUGGCGAUUGGUUUGAGUGUAACUGCUUGCCAAGUUUCCGCAUUGUUUUACACAGGAUCUCUUAACCCGGUACGAUCUUUUGGACCAGCUGUGGUUAUGAAUAUUUGGACCAAACAUUGGGUCUAUUGGCUUGGACCUAUACUUGGAGGUGUGACUGCUGGUUUGACUUACAGAUUCAUUUUAGGAAAACCGCAAAUGGCAGCGAAGACGUUUCAUAGAGCCGUCUGCACGCAGUAA